AUGAUUCAAAAACGAAGUCAUGCAGAGCGCGAUGAAGACGAUAGAGUUUCGUCGUCAAAAAGGUCUAGAGCGUCAAUGUCACCAGCACCAGAUUCAUUGGGAGGAUUAGAAGAGAAAUCUGGGUUACGACCUUCUUCUGAGCGACGGGAUGCUGUCAAUAUCAAUGACGAGGAGGAAGAGGAGGAAGAGGAUGACGAUGAUUAUACGUCUUCCUCUGGUAUAUCCUCCUCCGAUGAGGAUGAUGAUGAAGAAGAGGAAGACGAUGAUGAAGAUGAAAACAAUCCCCAUUCCGAACGCGACAACAAAGAAACAAUCCCCUACAUCCCCGGCCGCCCCAAACCCCAAAUAUCUCUCCCCCCAAACUCCGACCUGUUAGCUCGAGUAUCAUCAUUCUUACCUCAACUACAAGCCGCAAAUGCGGAUAUCGAGCAGAGACUUGCCAAGGGUGAGUCGUUGGAGGAUAUGAUUCUUGAUGAUGUCAAGGAUAAUGAAGCUGAAGAAGACGGAGAAGAAGGAGGAGGGAAGGAGUAUAUCGAGAUGAACUUGGGAUUGGGUGUGCUCAAGGAGAAGAGGAGGAGGAGAGAGGAAGGGGGUAUCGAUCUGGAUGAUGAGAGUCCAUCGGACACUGAUGAGGAGGAAGAUGAAGCCGAAGAGGAUGGCGAAGGACGGGUUAUGGAUCAAUUGAUGGGAUUGAAGGGUCGGUCUGUACAGAAACAAAAAUUGAAAGCUGGUAUUCAGGAGGUUGAAGAGGGAUAA